UGAUCUUUGGUUUAGAACGAGGAUAUGGCAAAGAAGAUUAUUCCCGUGUACGGACAAAUCCUAGACGGAACACUGGACCCAUCCUUGAAGAAUAAUAUCAUGUACAUCCUCUCAGAUAUGUGUAAAAGAUAUGCUUCUCUUGUGGAUCCCCUUAUUCCUCAGAUCACUGCUGGACUCAAGGAUGUUUCAUUGGUUGUACGAAGAACUACUUUGAUCCAAUUGGUUCGGUUGUUGCAAGAGGAUUAUCUGAAGAUUCGAGGGAAAACAAAGUUUUUCUUAUCUUUUCUCCAAACACUCCUAGAUUCUUCUGUUGAAAUACAGAAUCUCUCCAAGUUCUACAUGGAACAACGACUGAUGAAGGUUAUCCCGCACAUCAUGUCCUCCAACCUACUGGAGGCGAUCUUCUUCUUCAAUAACUACGAGGGCCAUGAACGGUUUAAUCGGUUUGAGCUGACAGAGAAGGAAUCCAAAUCAUUCUUACUUUCUGGUGAUUCACACAGGAAACAGAGACAUACUCUGUACAGAUACAUGUUGCAUCAUAUGACAGACGAAAAAAAGUUUUUGAGUACUUAUCUACUCAGUAAGGAAAUACUCCAGGGGAUUGUAGAUGAAAAGGUGAACCUUCAGAAAGGAAUAGGAGUUCUACAGGACACAUUCUUCUGUUUAUCCUGCGAGGAGAUAAUGCUUUCUCAUUUACGGAGGAAGGAUUCAGGGGAGGAGGAGGAGAUUAACAUGGAAACACAAGAACAGGUUGACGCCCAAGUACGGAAUGCUCUUUAUAAAGCUGUUGUGAGUGACACUGUGAAGAGAAACGUGAUAGAUUCUAUAGUUCCAACAGUCAUAGCGCUCAAACAUCUUCUAGAGAAGGAAAGAUCUGAGCUUCAGGAAGAUCUGUAUCUGUAUUUAAGGAAGUUAAUGGAAGAUUAUAAGAACGAAGUGAAUGAUAUACUAAGUGCAGACCCUCAACUAGCAAAGGAGAUUGAAUACGAUCUCAAGAAACUUAAAGAGAGGGAAGAACUCAGGAGUACUAGAGAAGCAGAGAUUAGGACAGAGAGUGAAUCUUCAUCUUCUAUUAUCAGUCCUCAAAAUGGUUCCAUCAUUGCAACUAUUCCUUCAGUUCCAGUUCCAGGUUCAACAAGAACUCCAGGUUCAGCUAGGACUCCAGGUUCAGUUAGGACUCCAGGUUCAGCUAGAACUCCCGGUUCAGCUAGAACUCCCGGUUCAGCUAGAACUCCAGGUUCAGCUAGGACUCCAGGUUCAGCUAGGACUCCAGGUUCAGCUAGAACUCCCGGUUCAGCUAGAACACCAGGUUCAGCUAGGACUCCAGGUUCAGCUAGGAUUAUAGAACCAGGGUUUGCAGCAUCACCCAGAGGAAUACUUAAACAGAGAUCUAAAACCAGGAUUUUGCAACAGUUGGUUGAUGAACAAAAUCUUCAAACUAGACGGUGUACUCCGAAAAGGGCUGUAAGAGAAGAUGAAAACAUGGAAGCAGAGCAUUCAACCCCACUUGAACCUGAACCAACCAAGAUUGUAGAGUCAGACCCUGCUAAAAACAUGGAACCACAACAAUCUCCAACUCCAGAAAUGGAAUUAAGUCCUAACUUUUCAAGACCUGAAUCGCCCAAAGCAGCUGAACCAGAAUCUUCGAUCGUCCCUGUAACAGUCCAAUCGGAUCCUGUAGAGAUUCAACCUUUGGAUCAACCUGUAUCUCUCACAGCAGAAACCAGGAGAACAUCAGUACCCCUAGACACGAACAAACCUAAAGAAGUUCCUGAUAACGUUGAAGUUAAUGCUGACGACCUUAACAAGUCAAAGCGCAUCUCAGGUCAGGGAAUGCCGCGCAACUUUAGAACUCCCAAAACCCGUCGUCUUAAUCAGCUUCGGGCAAUUUCUACGCCACAGGUGAAUAAAACUGUAAUGGGGGACAAUGUAACAUUUCUAAGUGAAUCUAUGGAUCUAAGUAGCAUUACUGUUCUCUCCCCACCUCAAGAGUCUAGGGAGCAGACUGCUAAUGUGACUAGUUUUAGACUUCUUGGUCAACGUAAGGAUGCUUUUGAUGCGCUGCUUACCGCACCUAAAAGAAAGUCCUCUGGGGGGACAGGAGCAACUAGGAAAAAGAAAAAAUCUAGUUAACGAUCAAGAAGAGUUUGCAAGUGCUGCCUGAGGAAGCAGAGUCUGCAGACUGAAUUCUUUUCAAUCUAAAGAAAAUUCAAACAAAUCAUUUGAAGUUACAUUCGUAAGUAAAUUCUUGUGUUUAUAUGCAUACUAUUCUGUUAUCCUGAUAGACAUGUUUUUUUCGUUUUUUAUAUACGAAUUCUGCACGCUUUUGAAAAAUAAACAUUUCUUUUUACUA